AUGUUUUGUCUUUUCAUCACCACUUUGUUGUCCAUUAAUCUCGUCGUCACCUCCGCUGCGCCUCCCGUCAUCUUCACAUCUGAUACUCUUGUCAUCGUCAUCCAUCCAGAGCCUCUUCGCGUCGCCUCUCCUCUUUUCAGUGCGAGCAGAAGUGACAGAUCUACUCAGCCUGAGAGAAGGCUUGACGGAUCUGCUGAUCCUUUCGUCGCAGCUGCGUCUCCACCACUCCACGCCGUCUCAAACUUUCCAUUUUAUCUUGUCAUAGCCACAUCUCUCGCUUCCUUCUUCGUCAACGUCUCUUCGGUUCUUCCUUUUGUCCCCGUCACUCCUACUCCACGUCUUGUCGCCGUCACUCCUACUCCACGUCUCAUCGCCACUCACCCCAGUCCAAGUGGAUCUAAUAAGCAUGUGUUCAUACGCGCCAGAUCUGGUCGUCUCCUAUACUCUGCUGCGCCUUCACCAUUCCACGAUAUCUCAGACCACAACGGCCCUUGGCGGAGCCAGAUAUAUUCUCAUCACGUGUCUAUCAACCGCCGUAGCUCCUCCACCGGCGUUUCGACUCCCCCUCUGCAAGAUACAAUCUGCCGUCCAGAUACGUGUGGGCUUGGUUCAUAA